AUGUCUAUUUCCAUGAUUCCGCCCGAGCUAUUCGCUCUCAUUCUAGGACAGCUGGAUUCUCCUCAAGCCCUUCACUGCCCUAUCAGCGCAUCUUCGUUGUUCUAUCAAGCCUUUAAUGCUUCCCGCACCCAAGUCCUCGUCUCUGUCUUCCAUAGGGCUAUUCUGCCUGGCGCCCGAAAGGAUGCCCUCGCCAUUAUACAAUGUCCUUCUCUGUCAACGAAAGGCCAACUGGAUAAAAUUUGGCAAUUUCUAGACACACACUUUCGCCCUGGUCAGGCUACAGUGCCAUUUCCUAGAGAUGAUCCUACCAUCGCUAUCUUGAUGAAAUUGGUAACUAGAGUAUUGCGCUUGGAGCGGGAUUACUUCAAGGAUACCAUGUCCAAUCUGGCUGAAGCCCCUGGUGGAGAUGCGUCAGAACGGAAACGAUUGGAAUCUCCCACGCCUUUAUCCGGCACAGAACGCACCAGGAUACAACGAGCUUUUCUCCGACUUGAGCUAUAUUGCCGGUGUUUUCCAGUAGGCGAGGAUGAUAUCGGAAUGGAGGUCUCCCUAGUUCCUGCGGAGCUUCAAUUCCACCACUUCUUGCACCGACUACAGCCAUGGGAGGUGGAAGAGAUUAGCUGUAUUCAUCAGUAUCUUUCCUUUCGGGUUGGCGCACUUAUCGAACAGUUUCAGAACGAGAUAGUUGCCAUCGCCUUUCGCCAUCAGGUCCGGGGGCCGAGCGCAAAAUCUAGCGACGAAGCCCAAGUCUGGAUGAUGGACAAGCUGCUCCCUUACCCAGGUCCAACCUCAGAAAUGCCGUGCACUGACAUUGGAGGGUUACCAAAUGGCCAGUCUUACGAGUCGCUUGAGCUCCGUACAUUUUCGCGCUGGAGAGGGUCGCCGAUAUUUACAUUGGAAGGGAGGCAGGAGUUUUAUGAAUUCCUGAGCUCCUUGGUCUCAAGAGGCCUGGAGUACCUUGUUAAUGUGUUCGACGCUGACAAGGACUUGCAACGGCACUUAAUACUUUCUGGGGAAUACAUCUUGAGGGAAUUUCUUCCCGAGGCCAUUAUCCAUGCAGUUGAGAACGACAUCAGAAGCGAUCCUCAUCCUCAAACAGAUGAACCUCGCACACGACAAGAAAGUGGUACGCCUGAUUCUGGGAGUCAAAAUUCGACCAACGACCCUGCCGGUGCAGGGUAUGGUUAUGUGAGAUUCUCGGAAAGAUCCCCAUUCCAGUAUAAACCACUUUCGUAUGGGCGGCGCAGUUAUUCAAUUCCAUACCGUAGGCUGGGUUAUCUUUUCUGGGACCCUUAG